AUGGGGUGGACGCUCGCCGUGGGCAAGACCGGUCGGGCAGUGCUCAGAAGCGCUCCAUGCCUGCAGUGCCAAGACGAAGCUGCGGGCGCCGCUGUUGACCGAAGAGGAGCGAGAGGAAAGAAGGAGAGCUGCCGGCAGCCCCGCCCGAUGAGGCCCGGCUCGCUCGCUCCUUCUCUGGUUCUCUCGGCGGCCCGCCGGUCUGUAAGCGUCCCCGCAGUGCAGAGCCGUGCUGCGGCGAGGGUGAGGGUCCGGCGGCAGGAAACGGCAGCGGAGACCAGGACCGGGAGCCAGUGCAGCAGACGGAAGAGAAGAAGGAGCUGGACCGGGGGGGUUCGGCGGCGGAGAGUUGUCGGCGGCGGGGAGCUGUCUGCGGCGGAGAUGGGCUCGGCGGAGAGGCGCUGGAACCGACAGGAGAGAGUCCUGCUGUGGACCCUCCUGCUGUGGGACGCGGCGUGGGGGCAGCUGCGCUACUCGGUUCCCGAGGAGCUGCCUAAGGGCUCGUUCGUGGGCGACGUUGCCAAGGAUCUGGGGCUGGGCUUGCCGGCUCUGCGCGACCGCGGAUUUCGUGUCGUCUCGGAAGGUAGGACGCAGUAUUUCGCCCUGCACGGGAAAACGGGCCAUUUGGUGACGGCGGAGAGGAUAGACAGGGAACAGCUGUGCGAGAGUGUGCGGCAAUGCAUGGUGCGGUGUGAAAUGAUAUUAGACGGAGAAAUGCAGGUUUACGGAGUCGAAGUGGAAGUCACGGACAUUAACGACAACGCACCCAACUUCGGUGAUAUGGAGCUGGAGGAGAGAAUGAGCGAGUCAACAGCUCUGGGGACGAGGUUUCUCCUGCCUGAGGCUCACGACCCGGACUCGGGUCCGAAUUCCCUGCAGCGCUACGAGCUGAGCGGCGACGAGCACUUCUCGCUGGCCGUGCAGGCGGGUCCGGGUGGCGACCAGCGCCCAGAGCUGGUGCUGGCGAAGGCGCUAGACCGGGAGGAGGCUACAUUUCACGAGCUGGUGCUGAGGGCGAUCGACGGCGGAGAGCCGGCGAGGACAGGCACAGUGCGGAUCCGCGUGGUCGUUCUGGACGCCAACGACAACGCGCCCGUGUUCAGCCAGGAGGAGUACACGGUGCGUGUGGCCGAGGACAUGCCCGUGGGCUCUGUCCUCGUUACCCUCACGGCCUCCGAUGCCGACGAGGGUUUGAACGGGCAGGUAAAAUAUUCCUUGAAGAAAAUCACAGCGAAAGCAUCGAAGAUGUUAGAGCUGGACGCUGAGAAAGGUGCACUCACGUUGGCGCGACCCCUGGACUUCGAGGAAGGGGAUUGGUACGAAUUGCAGGUGCAGGCAAGGGACGGAGGAGAGCUUUUCGACACAACGAAAAUCCUGAUCACGGUGACAGACGUCAACGAUAACUCUCCCGAGAUUUCGGUGCGGUCGUCAUUGACAGAGAUCUCGGAGGACGUGCAGCCGGGGACAGUGGUGGCCCUGCUGCACGUGCAGGACAGGGACUCGGGGGUGAACGGCCAGGUACGGUGCUCGCUGGACGAGGGUGUCCCGUUCCGGCUGCGGAGCUCGCAGGGCAGCUACUACAGCGUCGUGACAGCGGGAGAGCUGGAUCGCGAGAAGGUGUCGGAGUACAACCUGACCGUGCGGGCAGUGGACGGUGGGUCUCCGGCGCUGCAGAGCAGCGUGGUGCUGGCACUGCGGGUGCUGGACGUGAACGACAACGCACCCGUGUUCGCAGAGCCGCUCUACAGAGCCCGGCUGGCCGAGAACAACGCGGCGGGAGCGCUGGUGCUGACGGUGCGGGCGUCCGACGCGGACUGGGGACAGAACGCGCGCGUGCGGUACCGGCUGUCGGAGGGGCGGGUGCGAGGCUCUCCGCUCUCGUCCUACGUGUCGGUGCAGGCGGAGACGGGCGCGCUGUACGCGCUGCGCUCGUUCGACUACGAGGAGGUGCGCGAGGUGCGGCUGUGGGUGUGGGCGGAGGACGGCGGAGCGCCGGCGCUGAGCAGCAACGUGUCAGUGCUGCUGGAGAUCGUGGACGAGAACGACAACGCGCCGCAGGUGCUGUACCCGCCAGCGGCGGCGCCUUCGGCAGCGGUCUCGGGCUGGUCUGGCGUGGAGCUGGCGCCGCGGUCGGCGGAGCCCGGGGCGCUGGUGGCCAAGGUGGUGGCGGUGGACGCGGACGCGGGGCAGAACGCGUGGCUGUCGUACGAGCUGGCCAAGGCGACGGAGCCGGUCUGUUCCGCGUGGGGCUUGCACAGCGGCGAGGUGCGCACGGCGCUUACGCUGGCCCGCGACGCGGCGCGCCAGAGCCUGGUGGUGGUGGUGAAGGACCACGGGCGGCCGGCGCUGUCGGCCACGGCCAUGACGGUGGUGCUGGCCGAGAGCGUGGCCGAAGCUGCCUCUCGGAGCGGGCAGGCGGCGGCGGCGCCGGCCGAGCCGGCCGCCAGCCUCACGCGCUGGCUGGUGCUGGCCGUGGCGGCCGUGUCCUGCCUCUUCUUCGCCUUCCUGCUGCUGCUGCUGGCGCUGCGCCUGCGGCACUGGCGCCGCUCUCGUCUGCUGGCGGCGUCGGGCAGCGCCGCCUUGCGCGGUGUCCCGGCCUCUCACUUCGUGGGUAUCGACGGUGUCCGCGCCUUCCUGCAGUCCUACUCGCACGAGGUGUCUCUCACUGCCGACUCGCAGAGCCAUCUCCGCUUGUCAGCGGGGAGCUGCUGUGAUACCCUCCCUGCCCGUCCGCCUCCCGACAAGCCCGCGCCGCUUCUCGGGGAUGACUCUUCAGCUUCCCCCUGCACGGACCCACCGCUCCCAUGUUCCCAGGGCUCGUUCGUGGGAGACGUGGCCAAGGACCUGGGGCUGGAGCUGCCGGCACUCCGCGACCGCGGCGUCCGAGUCGUCUCCGAAGGCAAAACACAGUAUUUCUACCUGCACGGAAAGACGGGCCAUUUGGUGACGGUGGAGAGAAUAGACAGGGAGCAGUUGUGCCGGUUAGUGAAGAAAUGUGCGCUGCGAUGUGAAGUGAUAGUAGACGGGGAUAUGCAGGUUUACGACAUCGAAGUGGAAAUCACGGACAUUAACGACAAUACGCCCAGCUUCCGACAAGCAGAAAAAGAACUGAGAAUGAGCGAGUUAACAGCCCCCGGGUCGCGGUUUCCCCUCGCCGAGGCUCACGACCCGGACACGGGCCCGAAUUCCCUGCAACGCUACGAGCUGAGCGGCGACGAGCACUUCUCGCUGGCCGUGCAGGCGGGUCCCGGCGGGGAUCAGCGUCCCGAGCUGGUGCUGGCGAAGGCGCUGGACCGUGAGGAGGCGGCGUUUUACGAGCUGGUGCUGAGGGCGAGCGAUGGCGGAGAGCCGGCGAGGACGGGCACGGCUCGGAUCCGCGUGGUCGUGCUGGACGCCAACGACAACGCGCCCGUGUUCAGCCAGGCAGAGUACACGGUGCGUGUGCCCGAGGACGUGCCCGUGGGCUCCGUCCUCGUCACCCUCACUGCCUCUGAUGCUGACGAGGGUCUGAAUGGACACGUGAAGUACAUUUUCCAUGAAAUUUCAGACCGGGCGUCAGAACUUUUCCAGCUGGACUCAGAGACCGGAGAAAUAUCUCUAAAAGACAAUUUGGACUUUGAGGAAGUAUCCACACACGAAUUAGAGGUGCAGGCAGUCGACGGAGGAGAGCUUUUCGAUACAGCGAAAGUCGUGAUCACGGUGACAGACGUCAACGACAAUGCCCCCGAAAUUUCGGUGCGAUCGUCUCUGAGUGAGAUAUCGGAGGACGCGCCUCCGGGGACGGUAGUGUCACUGCUGCACGUGCAGGACAGGGACUCGGGGGUGAACGGCCAGGUGCGGUGCUCGCUGGACGAGGGUGUCCCGUUCCGGCUGCAAAGCUCGCAGGGAAGCUACUACCGCGUGGUGACAUCGGGAGAGCUGGACCGCGAAGCAAUGUCGGAGUACAACCUGACCGUGCGGGCGGUGGACGGCGGGUCGCCAGCUAAGGACAGCAGCGCGGUGCUGGCACUGCGGGUGCUGGACGUGAACGACAACGCGCCCGUGUUCGCGGAGCCGCGCUACAGAGCCCGGCUGGCCGAGAACAACGCGGCGGGAGCGCUGGUGCUGACGGUGCGAGCGUCGGACGCGGACUGGGGACAGAACGCGCGCGUGCGGUACCGGUUGUCGGAGGGGCGGGUGCGGGGCUCUCCGCUGUCGUCCUACGUGUCGGUGCAGGCGGAGACGGGCGCGCUGUACGCGCUGCGCUCGUUCGACUACGAGGAGGUGCGCGAGGUGCGGCUGUGGGUGUGGGCGGAGGACGGCGGAGCGCCGGCGCUGAGCAGCAACGUGUCAGUGCUGCUGGAGAUCGUGGACGAGAACGACAACGCGCCGCAGGUGCUGUACCCGCCGGCGGCGGCUCCGUCUGCGGCGGUCUCGGGCUGGUCGGGUGUGGAGCUGGCGCCGCGGUCGUCGGAGCCCGGGGCGCUGGUGGCCAAGGUGGUGGCGGUGGAUGCGGACGCGGGGCAGAACGCGUGGCUGUCGUACGAGCUGGCCAAGGCGACGGAGCCGGGGCUGUUCCGCGUGGGGCUGCACAGCGGCGAGGUGCGCACGGCGCGCUUCCCGCUGGCCCGCGACGCUGCGCGCCAGAGCCUGGUGGUGGUGGUGAAGGACCACGGGCGGCCGGCGCUGUCGGCCACGGCCACGCUGACGGUGGUGCUGGCCGAGAGCGUGGCCGAGCUGCUCUCGGAGCUGGGCAGCGCGGCGGCGGCGCCGGCCGAGCCGGCCGCCAGCCUCACGCGCUGGCUGGUGCUGGCCGUGGCGGCCGUGUCCUGCCUCUUCUUCGCCUUCUUGCUGCUGCUGCUGGCGCUGCGCCUGCGGCACUGGCGGCGCUCUCAGCUGCAGGCGGCGUCGGGCAGCGCCGCCUUGCGCGGUGUCCCGGCCUCUCACUUCGUGGGUAUCGACGGUGUCCGCGCCUUCCUGCAGUCCUACUCGCACGAGGUGUCGCUCACCGCCGACUCACGCAAGAGCCAACUCCGCUUGUCAGCGGGGAGCUGCUGCGACACCCUCCCUGCCCGUCCGCUUCCCGACGAGCCCGCGCCGCUGCUUGGGAAGGAUCCUGGCGCUCCCACGGUGACCGUGGGAAAAGCCGGGCAGGCAUCGCUCGGCAUCGCUCGGUGCCUGCAGUGCCGGGAGGAGGCUGCGGGCGCCGCUGUUGACCGAGGGGAAGAGAGAGGAAGGCCGGAGCGACGCCGGCAGCCCCGCCUGCUGCGUCCCGGCUCGCUCGCUCGCUGGUUGUCUCGGCGGCCGGGCGGUCUGCAAGCGUCCCCUCGGUGCGGAGCCGUGCGGUAG